GUCGCCCUCUCGGUGUGCGUCCUUGGGUCGAUAUGGCGACUCCGGGACGCGUCAUCAUAAAGAUGUCGGUGCGUAUACCGGACGGCCGCGAGGGCACGAUCCACGUCUUUCCGGGCGACGACCCGCAUGUUCUCGCGACAAAGUUCUGUGCGAAAUACAACAUCCCGGAGCGGGUCGCGAUGGUCGAGCGCCACGUCGCCGAGAACAUGCGAGCGCUUAUGCCCGGAGGGCAGCCCGGAGGGCAGUCCAACGCCUCGCCGGCGGAAGAGGCGGCUGCGGCGGAAGAGGCACCUGCGGCUGAGGCGCCGACCGACGUUGACCUCGAGCGCAGCUCGGCCGCCUCGCCCGACCCGUUCGGAUCCGCAGACAGCGGCGAUGAGUCGGCGCUCGCGCUGGCCCCGGCAUCGCAGGCCGACACGGGCGCGCGCGCGCGCGAGCUGGCUGUCGCUUGGGCCUCGCAGCGGUCCGGUACGUGGUUGCGCAACCAGGCCUUUUACCGGCUUCGCGCGCACACGGCGGCGACCCGCGCGGCGCGGCGCGAGGCGAGCAAGGACCAGCAGCUCGCCGAGCUGCACGCCGCCAACGGCCGCAUCGCCGAGGGCCUCUUCCGGGUCUCGACUGCGACGUCCGACGCGGAGGCGGACGCGGCUCGCGAGGCACUGCAGCAGAGCCUCGCGCCGAACUACACGGCGCGGCUCGCGGCGGACGUGGCGCGGCGGCGAGGGACGCAGCUCGAGGCGGUGGCGGCGCAGCUCGGCGCGUGGAAUGCCGCCGACCGCGACUGGCGCCUAGUGCGGAGAGCGCUGGAGGGGUGGGCUGCGCUCACGGGGAGCGGGAGGCGGCGCGGCGCCGCCGCCCAAGCCCUCGCCGCCCAAGCCCUCGCCGGCCCCGCCCGUGGCGGUGGCGAGGAGGGCGGCGAGCGGGCGGAGGCGGAGGCGGAGGCGGCGGAGCCGGCCGAGGCUGCUGCUGCUGCUGCUGCGACCGCUGCUGCCGCUGCUACUGCGGCGGAGGAGGAGGAGGAGCGCGUGCAGCUACGAAGGCAGCUCGGGGAGGCGAGGUCGAUGGUCGAGGCGCGUGACGCGGAGCUAGCGGAGCUGGUCGCAGAGCUCGUGCAGCUUCUCGCGGAGCUCGCGCAGGCGAAGCUGCAGAACGCCGAGCUGUCGGGAGAGCGGCUCGUCGAGGGGAAGGCGCUGAUGCUGCUGCAGCGCGAGGUGUCGCAGCCGGCGAUGCCGCAGCCAAAGGCGAGCCGCGCCUCCUCCAAGCGGAGUAAGCAGCGGCGCGAGUCCCCGGCCAGCGUCCGGGCCGGGCCUCCCGCGGUGAUGGAGGCGAGCUGCGAUUUGGGCAGCGGCGACGCUGAGCACAAGUAGACUCGCUUCUUCAAGGCGCCGGACUUCACCGCAGCGCAGUUUUUGUGCUGACAUGUUGUGUGUUUCCUCUUGCGCGCGUGCACAUUGUGUGGCUGAUUUAGAGUUAGCAGGUCGCCACGCUCGGAUGUGAGAGACGCCACGGUAGACGUACGAUUGUCGAUUGUGGUUCUCUUAUACUACGCUAAAAUCUA